AUGCGUCUGCAAUCGCCCUCCGUAUGGAGCCUCUUGGCAGGCCUCUCCGCGGUCCAGGCGCAGUACCUCGUGAACGAGCUGAGCUUUGGCUUCGGCCCUAGGAUAGCGCCAGAGGGAACGACACACGUCCCCAACUUCUCCAUACAAGGCACGCGGACCCCCGAGAUCCUCGCCAACAAGGUCAUCCUGACGCCCGUGUCCCCCGGCAACGUGCGCGGCGCCGUGUGGGGCGAGCGCACGCUCGACUACCGCGAAUGGGUCGCCGACAUUGACUUCCGCGUCAACAGCCCCGACCGCGGCGGCGGCAACCUCAACGUCUGGCUCGCCAAGGACGGGCCCUCGGCCGUCGGCUCCGCCAGCAUCUACACCGUCGGCCGCUUCGAGGGGCUGGCGCUCGUCAUCGACCAGUCGGGCGACCACGGCGGCAUGAUCAGGGGCUUCCUCAACGACGGCCACACCGACUACAAGUCCCAGCAGGUCGACGGCCUGUCCUUCGGCCACUGCAACUACGCCUACCGCAACCUCGGCCGGCCCUCGCAGCUCAAGAUCACCCAGACCGCCGACAAGUUCUCCGUCUCCGUCGACAGCUACCCCUGCUUCGACAGCGACGCCAUCACCCUGCCCACGGGCUACCGCUUCGGCGUCACCGCCGCCUCGGCCGACAACCCGGACUCGGUCGAGGUCUUCAAGCUCGUCGUCAUGACCCAGGCCCUCGACGCCCAGCAGGCCGGCAGCGGCCACGGCAGCACCCACAACAACCAGCAGCAGCAGCAGCAGCGCCAGCCCCCAGUCCCGCCCAUGCGCUUCAGCCGCAGCGGCCAGUCCGAGCACCAGCCCCACGGCGGCAGCAGCGAGGACGACGAGUCCUACGAGGCCGACCUCCCCGACGAGGAGGCCGGGCACAUCACCUCGUCCAAGGCGCAGUUCGCCGACCUGCACAACCGCCUCCAGAGCGUCAACCACCACCUGUCGACCAUCUUCCGCUCCGUCGCCCAGCAGGGCCAGAUCGACGAGACGCGCCACGAGGAGAACCAGCGCGCGCUCGGCGAGCUCAAGGGCCUGCUGUCCAAGCUCGACCGCAUCGGCGACCUCGAGCAGCGCAUCGCCGGCCUCGAGCGCGACCUGCGCGCCGUGCGCACCGACGUCGCCAACACGAUGCGCAACGCGGAGCACUCGAUCAAGAGCCACGUCUCGGACCACCACUCGACGCUCGCCGAGACGGUCCGCGGCGCCGCCCCGGGCCACGGCCGCCUCAUCUUUGUCAUCCUCGGCAGCCAGGUGCUGCUCGCCGUCGCCUUUGUCGUCUACAAGAGGAGGCGCGCCGCUUCGCCCAAGAAGUACCUGUGA